AUGAAAGACUUUCUUGGCGCCUUAGAAAAAAUUUCGCAGCUGACUCGUUCCUGGAAGGAUGAACAGGGAUCACCCGGCCCGGUCAACGCCGACCGCGAAACCAUCACCGAGAUUGGCGAAUCAUUGGAUGAGCCUGGAUCAAGAUGCGGCCGAAUCACUGUGGAGUCGAUCAACAAUGGUGGUAUUGAGUGGACCUGGUCAGGUCACGGUCUUGUGAAGGUACUGUUGUCUGGAGCCACUGUGGGAGCCUUUGCAUGA